UUAUUAGUGCUGGUAAUAACUACGUUGUUAAUAGAAUAUUAUACAGUAGAUAUGAGAAAGAGAAAGGGAAAGCGACAGUACUUGACCUUGCACAGCGUUGUACUUGUUCCAUGAUCAUGUAAACACAGCCGUUCGGAUUAAGGAUUAUAGAAAGAUUAAACGUGUAAAAAUUUUAAAACUGUUAUCACAAAUGCAACACUUUAAUACUGUGUAUUUUUUGUAUGUAAUAUAAUCUCAACUUUUAUUACAAAUGCAGUACUUCAAUAAUGUGUAAUUUUUGUACGUAAAAUGGUCUAAUUUUUUAUUAGUAGCGCAAUAAUUGGAUAUACUGUGUUAUGUUACUGUGAAAUGUUUAGAAAAUUUUAAUAUGCAGGACAGUACGCCAAUAACUAUUUUUGUAAAUUUAGAAGUUUUGUAUUAGGGUAGCUUUUAGGAAACUGAAGUACCGUGGAACUAUAUACAAGUUUUGCAUUCUGUUGGUGCGAUGUACUUUCAAAAGUUUCAAGAGGUGGAGUCUAAUUGACCUGUCAAUCAAGAUUUGAAACUGGGGAGAAUUAGCAAUUAUAACGGAUGGAAGAAACAAGUUUGGACCGGAAUGAACUUGACCAACAGAAUGCUGAAGUAAGAACGUUAACUCGAAAUACGAAUGUUGAGACGAAUAUGAAGGAAGCUGAAACGGCUGAAGUCCCUGUAAUACGGGAUGAUAAAGACGACGAAAUGAAUUUGAAAGUUGAAGAGUAUUUGCUACAAUUGGAUAAUGAUGACGAUUACAGUGACGUGUUAUGGGAGGUAAGAAGUGCGGAGUCAUUUUCUGUGGACGAAAAUUCGGAUGAAGAUUCGUUCCCGAUCACAACACGUUCGUGUAGGUUGCUUACGAAAGAUGACGCGCUAUCGUACUCAAGAAAAUCGCUGGUGGACAGUACCUUGCAGUCAAUUCCCGAAACAACCGUUUGCCCUGAAGCACCGGGUAAUGCCGGUAACACAGAUCGAGAAGAAAAGGGAAUUGGACCGAAUACCGUGGAGGAUUCUGGAACCGAGUCAAGUAAACGUCCGUCUGGGUCAGUCAAGUCUGACAAUGAUAUCAAACAAAACAAACUUUCAGCUGAAGUUGAAGUUGAAAAAGAAUUUACCGCUGAAAAGGUUCCAGACGAAAAUCCAAGCAUUGCUCGAGGCAAUGAAACUCAACCAACAGCAAGCAAGUACAAUGGACAAGAUAAAUGUACGCGUACGUGUUCCAACGAUACGUCGCAAUCCGUAUCGUCCAGAUCGGCAAUUUCCGUGUCAGAUAUUCCCAAUAAAAAAAAUCGACGGAAACAUGUUUCGGCCGUAGCGUCCACAGACACUGACUCGACUUCUGUCUCUGGAAAAGCAUCGAAACGAAAAGUUUUGCGCAACUUUAGCGAACGUUCAGUGUCUUCGCUGGUACGUUUUUUCGAUAAGCGAAAGCGUGGCAUCAAAAAGCGUUUCUCUAUACGAAAAGUCGUGGACCUUGGGCGACUUAAAACAUCCGAAACGCAAACUCAGAUGGACGCGACAAACGUUUCGGAAGACCAGUCUCCAAACAAGGACACAGCCACGACAAACCUGCCGCAAACGAAUGCAAUCGACCUCGGGGCGGUUCAGAACGACGCUAUCAAUACAACGAACGACGAAUCACUUACAAACAGCAACAAAUUUUCGUUUCCGUGUCAAAAUUCCGACACCUCACUUUCCCCCCUGUCGUCCCCAAGUUCAAGUCGGAGUGACGUGGUAUGUUAUGAGCCAAUAUAUCCACAGCUUAGCUUACAAGAAGUGACACAAACUUUUAAUACGCUUUCGACGACAGACACCCCCGUAGUAGCCGUAGCGGAAGGUACUGCGCUUCAAAACGGGGACUGUGCCUGUGCAUGCAACGAAAAAGAUUCAAAUAUUAAACCACCAGCUCCAAAAGUGGAAAUAGAACCACCAGCUCCCAAAUUUGAAACAGAAACUGAUACAAACAUUAAAGUACAACCGUCUGAUGCGUCAGAUUCCUCAGUACCUAUACAACAGGAGCCUGUGGCGAUGGAAAUCCCCCCGCCACCACUCACGCCACCAUUUAAAACCAUGGCUCCUGACGCCACGCCAGAUUAUAUCACGCCACAGAUUGACACUAAACCUAUUUCCACAACACCACAUGAUGAAAGCGCCCGACUCUCCCCAGAGGUACAGGACUACUCUGUAGACACCGGAUUUGAAUCAGAGGAAUCUAUAGACUCUGGUUGUCCUAUCGUAACUCCGAAGUUGGAGAAGACAAAAACUGAAAUCAUCGUCGAUGUCCAUCGACCUUCCUCUGCUAUAGAAGCUCCAAAAAAUAAAUCUGUAAAAGUAGCUCCAGUUGAACCUUCCAAACCAACGCCAGCGGUAAAUACUGAAGUUCCAAAGAAAUGCAGCAAAAAGUUGCAUCGCCCACGACAUAUAGAAACACAAACACACACAGAAGACGUGAAACAUAAUCCUCGCAAUCUUCGACAGCAGCAAGAACGUCGCAAAACUCCAAACUCCCUCGCCUCAUCGACCCGAAACUCCGUUGAAUAUGAUGAUGAAACUUUGCAACAGUUGUUCACAAAAGAAAAAGCCUUAACUGUUCAAACCAUGCCAGAUGAAAUCUUCGGGCCGCAAGAUUAUGCCAUGACGGUUUAUCAGCCACAUCUAGCUGUGGGUAACCCGCAAUUUAUGCAUCCGGGUAUGCUAAUGCCAAACGGACAGCAACAUUUCGAUCCAGGAAUUUAUCACCGACAACAAUUCCAGUCUCCAUAUGAUAUACCCCAAAGACCUAGCUUUAUUGAACCGAGACCACAAGAGCCUAUGAGAAUGCAGGAUCCGUAUGCGUUCCACGCACCCCCUCCAAACGCUUACAUGCCCCCACCCCCACAAUUCCACCCUGCUUUUCCUCCCCGAAUGCAGCCGAUGUUUGUUCGCAACCCUCCGCCAUUUAACCCCCGGUUCGAGCAAUACCAACACCAUCAGCACGGCCCACGCGAACCGCCACACCGACCGCCAUUUAUGGAACACAUCGAAAUGCCACAACCUAGGCCACAACGCAUGCGAAUGCCGCCUGAGGAUGCGAACUCUGAAACUUACAUGCGUACAUGGAUGAAUGAAAUUGAGAAUAACUGUGAUCGACUGGUAAUGGACGUCAGUCCAGGUUUUAAGCAAAAUUUUAUCCCCGAGCGUUUUCCGCCUCCACGGAGAGUUAGUUUCGGCGAAGAUUUAGUUCACGAAGACUACAACGGUGAAGAAGCGCACGAGCCCGAUGUAUAUGAUCUUUACCACAACCAGUAUCUACCUCAAACCGACCGCAGCAACUUAGCAUUCGGUCCAGUCAUAGAAAGACGUGGGCGUCCAGGACUAAAUAGGCGAGUCAGCGCAAAACGUAAUCGACCAUCGUUUGAGCAACAAAAGUUCGACGAACACAAGAUGAACGCACCCGAAACGUAUGACGACUUUGUUCAAAGGUUGUCGCGAGAGUUACGGAACCCUGAUCUUGGUUUACACGAAUACAACUUUCGGUGUGAUAUCAUGACUUGUAUAAACCGGUUACAACCAGUUGUGAGGUGGAAUGUACUCUUCCAGUUUUACGAAGAAGCAAUGUCAAGGUUCGAGAGAAUUCUGAUGUCUAAUUUAAGUCCGGUGAACAAGGAGAAGGAAUGGAAAAUGAUGUUAGACAGAAUGGUCGAUGAUAUUCAUUAUUUUAAUGUGGAAUUGUCGCCACGUGAUACCCGAAGACCAUCCAUGACGUCAGGUAUUGAACCAAGAUACCCUUCUAGAUAAAAGUUAUGGAAUUACCGUUUAACAAUACACAGCAUAUGCAAGUCUUACCUCAAAAUAACGAAAAGCUGAACGCAAACAAGGAGAGAGUUUUGAGAAAUCCUUUCGUACAAUGUUCGAACUGUUCUUAUUAUUGCAGUUUUUAUGUUUUAAUAUUUCCACGUCAAGUUUACAUAGACUACUGUGGGAAAAAUGGGGCAUCUUUAGCACAUAAUGUUCAAAUAUCCUGAUUGUGUUUUAAACAUUUAAUAACGAUCUAUAGAAGUGGCAAGAAUACGAUUUUGUAGUUCUCUUCUUUGUUUACUACCAAAUAGGACGAGAAAAUAAAACGAAAAGGUGUUCCAUCUUCCCCCACCCUACUAUAUACCAUACUUGCAACUCAUGGACUCGUACGCAUUUGCUGUUUACAAUCCAUUUUCAAAUCUUGUUUUUUUAUAUAGCAGUAUUGUUGUUUUGAUCACGUUUAUGCAAUGUGAGUAAAAAUUAGGAUUAUGCUUAACGUUUAUUGCACAUGUAGGUUAUAAUAUAAGAAUUUAAAAAUCA